UCCUAUGAGUGAGUGUGUAGCAGUUUGUCUCUGAGCUCUGGCUUCUUUAAAUGAAGCUGGGUCUCUGCGCAACAUCUUUAGGGAGAGAGAUACAAAGGUUCCUGGACCUUCUCAACACAGGGAGCCUGUGUAAGGAUGCAAGAGCGGCAACUUCAAGAGAAAAGAGGCUGGUGGUCCCUGAAACACUGGUCUGUGGCUGGGAUUUUCAUUGCACUCCUCAGUGCUUGCUUCAUUGUGAGCUGUGUGGUAACUUACCAUUUUACAUAUGGCAAAACUGGCAGAAGUCUGUCUGAACUACACUCAUAUCAUUCAAGUCUCACCUGCUUCAGUGAAGGGACAAAGGUGACAGCCUGGGGAUGUUGCCCAGCUUCUUGGAAGUCAUUUGGUUCCAGUUGCUAUUUCAUUUCUAGUAAAGAGAAGUUUUGGUCUAAGAGUGAGCAGAACUGUGCUGAGAUGGGAGCGCAUUUGCUUGUGAUUAACACGGAAGCAGAACAGAAUUUCAUUGUCCAACAGCUGAAUGAGUCAUUGUCCUAUUUUCUGGGGCUUUCAGACCCACAAGGUAAUAAUAAUUGGCAAUGGAUUGAUAAGACACCUUUUGAGAAAAAUGUCAGAUUUUGGCACACAAAUGAACCCAAUCAUUCUGAAGAGCAAUGUGGUUCAAUAGUCUUCUGGAAACCUAAAGGAUGGGGAUGGAAUGAUGUUCUCUGUGAAUCUAGAAGAAAUUCAAUAUGCGAGAUGAAUAAGAUUUAUCUAUGAGUGGAACUUCUUUCACUGGCAUUUCAAAACUGAAACCUAUCAUGAAAUAAUUUCUUCCUGUAAUUUACACAUAAUCCUUAUGUUAUAGAGGUUCAUAGAAAUGGAAAGAUACCUGUCUCCCUGUAAUCAAUCUUAUUCUAGUUUCCUCUUUUCCACUAAUGAUAGAAUGAGCUCUUCCUCUUUCUUCCAUACUUUCACUUGUUUUUCAUUUUGCUCUUUCUUCAUACUUCAUUACCCAACAUGUAUUGUUUCAGAGACUGUACUAUUUUGUUUGUUAGAAGAUUUAUAAGGCAGUAUCUUUUGAAAAUGAUGACCUUUCUUCCUCAAAAUAUCAUAAAGAAAUCUUUUUGGUUGAGAACUGCAAUCAUCUGAAGACCUGAGAAGAGUUGAAAGAUCUGUGUUCUAGAUGGCUCACUUGCAUGGCUGGCAACUUGGUGUUGGCCAUUGCUAGGAGGCCUCAAUAUAUCACCAUGUGGAACUCUCGGGAGGGCUAACUGAAUCUCCUUACAAUAUAGUGGCCGGCUGCAUUGGAACAAGUGAUCCAAAAAAACAAGUGAAAGUAAUGUCUUUAAUGAAUUAGACUCAGCAGUUAUGGACCAUAACUUCUGCUCUACCCCAUUGGUUGCAUAAAACAGAUCUGAUAUAAUAAAGAACGGGACUACCCAAAGGCAUGAAUACCAGAAUGUGAGAAUCACCAAGGGCCAUCUUGUAGGCUAUCACAGCAAAAUUUUUUUAAAAAGAUACCAAAAAUUAAGUGUAGUAAAAAUUAAAUUAAUUAAAAAAAUCUCCUAUACUAAAAUUAUGGACUUCAGUUCAUCAAAACAUUAUUAAGAAAAUUAAAUUUAAAUGACUGGAGGAAGAUAUUUUAAACACUUAAAACUGACACAAUAUUAAUGCCAAACAUAUAUAAACAUCUAUUACAAAUCAGUUAGAAGAACACAAAAAAUGAGCAAAAUAUUUGAACACUUUAUAGAUGGGGAAAUACAGACAAUAAACAUGUUUUUAUAGAGAUGCUCAGCUUCAUUCAUAAUGUAAUAACUGCAAGUCAAGACAAUAAUACAUCAUUUUAUGUCAAUUUUAAUGGUAAAAUUAAAAAAUAUAAUUCCAAAAGUUGGAGGAAAUAUAAAUUGAUGACUACUUACAUUACUGAUUUGUGUUUAACUUUGUACAACUGCUUUGGAAAGUACAUAAAUAUACAUUUUCCUUGCAUAAAUACCAUCCAAAAAGAUGCUGUAUUGGGAGAGAUUCAAGAUCUAUGACAUAUGGUAUUAAAAUGGAGAGGUGUUCUAAGAUUCUAGAUUUUUUAUUGGGCAGUAAAGUUAAUAUAAAUAUCCAACAACAACAACAAAAUGAAACAAGAGUGUAAAGAGGAUAGCAUAGGAUGAAUCUAAAAUUAUGAUCAGGCCGGGCAUGGUGGCUCAAGCCUGUAAUCCCAGCACUUUGGGAAGUUGAGUGGGGUGGAUCAUCUGAGGUCAGGAGUUUGAGACCAGCCUGGCCAAUAUGGCAAAACCCCAUCUCUACUAAAAAUACAAAAAAUAAUCAGGCAUGGUUGCAUGCAUCUGUAAUCUCAACUACUUGGGAGGCUGAGGCAGAAGAAUUACUUGAAUCCAGGAGGUGGAGGUUGCAGUGAGCUGAGAUCGUGCCAUUGCACUACAGCCUCAGAGACAAGAGCAAAACUUUGUCUCAAAAAUAAAUAAAUAAAUAAAAUAAUGAUUAGUAUGCUAUUGUGCAAAGUGUAAAUAUGAAAAGUAAUCCAUUGGGGCUAGAUUAAUGCAAGUUUGGGGUUCUUGACUUAGAGCUUUGCGUUCAAGAUUACAGUGAAGUUGUGCUCCCAGGAUCCAGAAGGCAUUGUCUUUGUCUUCAUGCCACCAUUACCAUAAUGAAGCUGGUGGCUAGACACUACAUACUCCAUCUAACUGUAACAAGUACAUCUGGAAAGUCACCAUUUAUGAUCUUGAUCAUCAGGCAGAAAUACAAGCAAGAAAUUAGCUCUUGCUUUGUUUUUACUUCCCACAUCUCAUGCUAUUGAAUUUAAUGGUUCCAAAUUUGCAUCAAUAACAUAAUUGAAAAAGAGUCUUAAAAAUAUUGUUCAUGGCUUUCCCAACUUUGAAGCACUGGCAGGCACAAUGAAGGAAGUGGGAAUGGAUGUGAGUGCUGAUUGACUAGAUCCAGUAUGGUUGUGCCAUAGCAUUCUUUAAAUACAUAGCUAUAUUUGACCUAAACAUUACUAUUCUUAAGUGAGAUGGUGCAUACUUUUCCUUUUGGUGCUAUCCUAGUUUGGAAUCAAUUUAUGCUAGCUUCAUAAAAAAUGAGUCAGAAUAUUUUUCAUUUUUCAUUCUCUGAAUGAUUUGGUUAAAUUUGCCCAUAAUGUAAGUGUAUAUUUCUUAGAACUAGUUAAAUUUAUCUCUAAAUUUCUCUAGACCUGCUCUCUGUUUAAGACUACUUUUUUGACCAUAUUUUUCUUUUCUUCUGUGAUUUUGAGACUUAGGAUUUCUAACCCUUCUUAGUUAAUUUAGAAUUUUUUUUUAAGAAAAUCAUCUAUUUCAUAUUAAAUUUGUUGAUUUAAUCUGUGAAUAGUGUAUGUAUAUAAUUCUAAUCUACCCUUGCAUCUAAAAAUGUGUAGCAUUUUUAGUUUUAAUUAAUUUUAAAUGUAUCUUUCUUCUUCUAACUUGAUCAAGCUUGUCAAAGUUAUAUUAAAUGUCCUUUAAAAAAGAGAGUCAGUUUUCCUGAUGGUAUGCACUUUUAUUCUAUUUAAUUAAUGGCUGUUUUUGUUAUUAAUUGAUCCUUCACUCUUUGAAUUUAUU